UCGCCGGUGACAGCGUGCGUACGCCAGUAUUAGACUGAUACGUCUGUAAGCGCUGUUAGCGAAUCGUACGUCUAGAACAACGUGUAAGCUCGAGCGCAGCAUACAUGUCAUGUGUAAAAAUACGUGCUCACUAAACCGAGAUUGAAUGCGUGCAGCAUAGUGCAGGACUGCUAGGAGCAUGCAACGUCGGUUGCGACGGAGCCGCGAUUGGCUAUGCCGAUCCACGUGACACGGCUAGCCAAGAAGCGGACCGUCUUCCCGUGUCUUCCGAUUUUUCGUCGUCGCUCGUAGCGAAUGUAGUAGCCAAAUACAGUACCGUGUCAAAGAGAAGUGUGGUGCAUGUUUUGUUAGACUCGAGUGAGGAUCUACGGCGUCCUGCCUCGCUGUAGACUGGUGCUGAUGUCUAUGCUUAUUUUCAGAAAGUGCUGACUGCUGUAUGUACUGCGUGCUACUGUGUAGCCAUGCCUACAUGCACUAGAAUGAUAGCCAAUCGCUCACUCAGAAGUGAGACACUGUAUAAUAAGGUGGAAACAUUUCGUCACUACUACUCGGUAGAUACCAUUGUUAAAGUAUCUUAUCGAAACUUAACUAGCUGUUAAAAUUAAAGACGUUGCCUGGGACAGAACAAUGGCAAUAAAUCCGAACUCGGUACAGCAGGCUGCAAUGCCAAUUCUUCUUUCCAUUAGUAGCCUGACCGAGAAUGCGGCAUUGUUACUGAGGCAGAACGACUGCAGCGCUCCUAGUGGGGGCCAGGUCGUGGACGAUACAGUGGACUCUGAUGACAUUGAAGUCAUUCCCAUUCUAAAGAAAUCCGUGGUGUGCAUUGACAUCAGCGAUGAAGAACGUGAUCUCUCCACUUUGACGCGUCCUGUACAGACAACCGGUGCGAAAGGCACAGCUACCUUAAACAACACUGUGCGAGGCGUACACGGACCGUUGCUCCCUGGAUCUCAUAAAGUUCCAGUUGAAGUGCAUGCUUCGGCAAACGGAAAGAAUUGGUCGGUUGGCACCGGUAACCAGUCAACUGACCUGAGGUGUCUUCCGGUGACGGCAGUGGCACAGACGGGCGGAUAUAGGAUUCUUCCAGUACCGGCAAAUCACUCGGCUCGUGUAAGGGCACAAACAGUAGCUCUAGGAAAUCAGACAAGCAGACCGAGGGCACAGCCUGUGACUAUAAGGAAUCAGUUGGGUGGUUUAACAGCACACCCUGUGACAAGCAACCAGUCAGCACGCUUACAAAUUCCUGUAGGAACUGUGGGAAGUCAGUUUGCCUAUUCAGGCACAGGAUCAGUGGCUGUACCGCACAACACAGCCAGUUUAGGGCAGCAUUCAGUGACUAUUGGAAAUCAAACUUUCGCAUUAGAGAGACAGUCAGUCGCAGGCUAUCAACCGACGGGUUUAGUUUCACAUUCAGGGUCAAAUGCUGUGAGUAGUCUUGACAGAAUGAGUAAUAAACCAAGUGAUAGAAAUAGAGGCAGAAAUGAUAAUACUACCUCGAGUAGUAUAGCUAAUGUCAGUAUUACGCCAGGUGGCGUAACUGUCUACAGACCCAGCGGCAUCAAUGUGUUCAGAACAGGUAACAGUGGAAGUAGGACAGCUGGUGGUCUAACUAACGUUGGCAUUACUCCAGAUGGUGUCAUGAUGUACAGGCCAACUCAGAUCACAAGUUCUGCAUCAGGUGACAAUAAUACUCGGCAAACCCAAAACAAUGCGAAUCGCGGUGGUCAUAGUAGUACUGUUGUGAAUCGGGCAUCGAAUGAAGCCAGUUUAUCACACAGAAGCUACAGGUGUGUGUCCUGCCAGCUUACAUUCAACACGAGGUUGCGAUACAUGCGUCACAGACAGCGGCAUGCGCAGAAGGGUGAAGCGUGGUCACCUCUCAAUACUGCAACUCCAGUUUCCAAUGGUGCAGUGCAGCAGCCAUCUUCCACAGAAAUGCGACAGCCUGUAGCUACAAUGAGUCGACCUCAACCAAAGCAACGGCCAGUCACUGCAUUAAGUCGUCUUCAAGCAAUGCAACCAGGGGUUGCCACGACGAUUCAGCCACCCUCAACCCAGCGGUCAGUCACUACAAUGAAUCGUCUCCAAGCAACGCAACCGCAACUUGCCACCGCAAGUCAAUCUCGAAAAAUGGAGCGAUCGGUCGCUACGACGAAUCGUCUCCAAGCAACACAGCCGGCCGCCAGCGCGGCGAAUCACCGAUCCGCGACACAGACGACGGUCGAGGCAACCGCGAAGCCAGUCGGCUGCUGCCAGAUCAACAAACUCCUACAAGAAACAUCAGAUGGAAGACCGUGCAAUAUUCAGUCUUAGUGAGUUUCUGUCUGAAAGUUUAAAAGUUUAGUGUUCUUAACAAGCAAGCAUACGCGUGGCCGGUGUCUGCAUGAGAGGAAUAUGUUAAGGAGCUGUCCUGCCAUCUAGUGGUCAUCGCUGCAUCCUUUGUACAUUAUCAAAGCUGAAUGUCUGACAGCGAGAGCUUACCAUUUUACCUUUUUACCUCGGCUCAGUCAUCGUUAAUAAAUACUUGGACGUUUAAUCAAAGGCAGCUGGGGCCGCGUUGUCGGAAACAAGAUUAGUCUUAACGUUAAUUUUUUCACAUAGACCAUUGACAGAUACAUUAGUUACCAUGGUAAAGCUACGAUUUUGUCAUGCAGUUUGUAGAGGUGCUGUCUUUGAAAAAAAGGUAAUGCUAAUGUGACGGCGGCAUAGUUUUCGAAUAGUGUCGGAAGGUGGCACAGUGUUGCCGCAUGCGCGAGGCGCACUCUCUCUCUCGCUCUCAACUGGGGAGACAUUGAUGUGAGCUGAUGUGAGUUAGCCGGCGUCUCCGAAUAAAGCCGUUCAUUCCCAAAUUCCUGUGCUUAUCGAUUCAUUGUGAGUGCUCCCAUGAAGGCAUAAUAGUCAGCCUUCACACUAAUAUUACCAAUGCUAAGAACAAUCUCGUUUCAGACAAUGGGGCCCUGGCCAUUAAUUUUAAUAAUAAUCAGAUUUUGAUGGGUACACUACAGUAGACCGUUACUCUGAUGAUUUCUUUGACUUUGAGACUAGAUGACCUGGAGUUUUUUAGCGUGAUUGGCUACUUAAUAACACAAAUAAUGAUAUGCAAAUAGCUAGUUUAACGGUUCCUGACUAUAUCUGCGUGUAUUCACGUGUUAAUGGGUACAUCUCGCACACUGAUUGUGCAGCUAAAUACUGUAUCAGGAGUUAAUAAUGACAAAUUUGACAAAAAAUAAUGACAAUUUGUCAUUAGUUACUCGCGACUGUAUGUUUAUGGUUUUCUCAAAUAUCUGUGAGGAAAAAUGUAAGAACAACUUGCAAGAAAAUUUUGUUCCCGCCCAAUUCUUUUCUACUGUGUUCAUAUCGGUAUGGUAUGCACGAGUUUUUGGAAAGAUGUUCAUACCUCUCGUUCCUAGAAAUAGUAUCGACAUAUUAUGCAUAAUAUUAAAUAUAUAUAAUAUAUAUAUAUGUGUAUACAUAUGAUACACAUCAAUAAGUGCAGCUUCUAAAUGUAUGCCUAUUUUCAUAUCAACAAAGCUCGUUAUUGUUGUAUGUUCUAUUAAAAAGAACCUAUGAUACGAUGUUUGUAAAGUUAGAAAAGUAUCAUCAACAAUUCUGAAGAAUUAUUCGUUGGUAUUUACUUUGAAAAGGGGGUCCAAAAAACUAGCCACCAUCCGCCUCCGUCGCAAAGACAUCUCAUAUGUAUAUUACGUUACACAUGUGGAUGCAACAGUGAUGACAACUACAGGGAGUCAUCCGAGUAUCUGUACACCGAGUGUAAGUUAGAAGUGCAUUCGGUUCGAGGUUUAGAAUUUCUGACGUUUUAAUUAAAAUUUAUUGUGAUAUUCAUUUACCACCUUUUUUAUUAGUGAGACCAAAAAUAUAUAAUUACCACGUGUAGACAUAAUUUUUUGGUAAAACGAAUGUGCUUGUACGAUUUGUGUGCCUAGCAUAUGGGUCAUAUCAUGUUGUAAUCGAGUUAUGUGCAAUUUUGUGUUGGCAUUUAAUCAUUUUGUACCAAAAUUAGGUGCUAAACCUAUUUUUGUACAAACAUAACCGUUACCAACGAAAAUAAUUGUCAUUAUGCAUUGUACUGUGGAACAGCUGCUGCAAGUCUAAUUGAACCCUAUGUGCAGAUUUUACGUUGUGACACUUCAGCCCAUGCACUUGCAUGAAUUUGUUAGUCUUAGAAAUUUAGUUCCUUUAUGCUCAGCUGGUAAAAUUGGUAGAGACGUACGCUACCAGUGCAAGUACAAGUAAAUGGAAAAACUGGCUUAAUUUAUUUUAAAUCCCGUCAUUGCCUUCUGUGGCGUCGUGCUUUUUGAACGUGGCAAUCUAGGCGUUUGAAGACAUGACCUUACAAAUCUGCAGAACAGUACAAUUGUACAGGAACUACAAAAGAAAUCUUAUGAUAGAUUGGAGAAAUAUAAUUUAGACAAUCAGAGAAAUUUACUUGUUAUAACUUAAGCUGGGUAUCAUGUGAAAUAUUAUGACCAAUUUGAAGAUGAAACAUAAUACGUAUUGUAAGUGCGACAAUAUUUCAAUACAAGUCAAACAUUUUAUGUUGUCCAUUUAUUAUUUUCUCACCAUAAGACAAAUUACAUUACAUUAUCUGAAUAAUAAAGACAGUGAUGAAUAAAAACAAUCUUGUUCGGCCAUUUUUGUACAGCAGAGUUACACUUUCUACAUUGAAAACUGAAUCACUAGAAGCACAGUGAUG